AAUGAUCGCUCACCACCGCACCGACGCCGGGCUAUAAAAUCCCCGCCCGCCCACCAUUCGAAAACACAGCAUCCAGAGCAGAGCAAGCGGUAAGCAAGAUCAGAGAUCAGAGCAAGCAGUAAGCAGUAAGCAGUAGUAGUUUCCGAGCCGAGCGAGCGAGAUCAUCAGUAGUAGGCAGCCAAGAAGUUUUGGUUUCCAGGCGGUGCCAUGGCGGACAUCGCGUUGCUUGUGGCGGAGGAGUUCGAGAAGAGGGUGAAGCGGGGAGCCCCCGACGGCGGCGACAGGAGGAACUUCGGCGCCGUGGCCAAGGUGUGGAGCUCGUGGGUGGAGUCCGCCGCCGGCGCCGCGUCCGGGGUGCGGGUCAACGUCGCCGUGCAGCUCAGGGAGCUGGAGCCCAAGAGCGGGCUAGGCCUGGCCGCCGUCGACGGCCUCUUCUCCGCCUAGCGGCAUCGCGCUCUCCUCCAUCUUUUGAUUGGGCGGAAGCGGAAGACUUGUGUUUGUUCUCUCUACUUACAUGUCUCUUCCUCCCCUGACUGAGUGGUCAGUCAAAAAAAUAUUAUAUGGCGGUGGAACCUGUACAUUCGAAAUCUGAAAAAAUAUAAAUCAUUCCAGCCUCCAUCUCA